UGUGUGUGUGUGGGCGGCGCUAGGGCCCGGGGGGAGCCUGCCAGGCCUCCUCCUGCCUGCCUGCCGUUCUUGCGGAGCCAGAGUGCCAUUGCGGCGGGACAAGAAGCGAGGGACGUUGGGAGAGACAAGCUCCUAAACCAGCAGGAUGGUGUUGCUACAGAGCUACUGUGAGGGUAACGAGUCCCUGGCACAAGCAUGGGCCCAACAGGGCCUGCAUCCAUGUUUCUACUUCACACUGGUCCCUGCAGUGCUGCUCAGCGUCUGCUUCCUAUUGGGUGCCCUGCAGUACGCCUGUUAUGCCCGCUUCAGCCGCACCAUGGAACCAAAGUAUAUCCCACGCUCCCGCCUGUACUAUAUCCAGGUCCUCCUUUCUCUGCUCCUUGCACUGCUGUCCUUUGUCACUUUUCUGUGGCAGGUGUUGGGCAUGGAACAUCUCUAUGGGUAUAUGGUACUGUAUGCCUGCCUCUCUGCCAUGAGCUGGCUUGGCUCACUUGGCUUACUGCACUUGGAACGUACCAGAGUGAUGGUGCAGGAUCGGAUCAGAGGCCAUGGGGUCAUCCUGCUCCUCUACUGGGCCCUGGCCUUUGCUGCAGAGAACCUGGCCUUCAUCUCUUGGAACAGCCCUCUCUGGUGGUGGGGUUUAGAGGACACCAAUCAAAAGGUACAAUUCAGCUUGUGGUUCCUACGCUACAUCGGCACCUUUGUCCUCUUCACGUUGGGGAUCAAGGCCCCUGGGCUGCCCCGAAAACCUUACAUGCUGCUAAUUAAUGAGGAUGAGCGCGACGUGGAGAACAGUCAGCCCCUACUUCCAGAUGCCAGACAGCAUCGCUCCACCUGGAGGGGUUUGGGCCGGAAGAUACGCCUCCUUGUUCGGUAUAUGUGGCCACGAGGGAGCUACCCACUACAGGGGCUGGUGAUACUCUGUCUGAUGCUGAUGGGACUGGAGCGAGGCAUCAAUGUCUUUGUGCCCAUCUACUACAAAUACAUUGUGAAUGAUCUCACGCAAGGAGUUGCCUGGCAUAUCCUGCUCCAGACUAUCGGCAUCUAUUCAGCCCUCAAGUUUCUCCAGGGAGGAGGUGCUGGUGCCACUGGCUUCAUCAGCAAUAUGCGCACUUUCUUCUGGAUCCGUGUGCAACAGUUCACAAGCCGUGAAGUCCAGGUGCAGCUCCUCCGGCACCUCCAUGGCCUGUCCCUUAGAUGGCAUCUGGAGCGCAGGACAGGCGAGGUGUUGCGCAGUGUGGACAGAGGCACUAGCAGCAUCAACAAUCUGCUCAGCUACAUUGUCUUCAGCAUCUUCCCCACAGUGGCUGAUAUCAUCAUUGCUAUUGUGUAUUUCACCAUGACCUUCAGUGCCUGGUUUGGCCUCAUAAUCUUCAUCUGCAUGAUCCUGUACCUUGGUUUGACCAUUAUAAUGACUGAGUGGCGAACGAAGUACCGCCGUGACAUGAAUACUCGUGACAAUGAGGCCAAGUCUCGAGCUGUUGACUCACUUCUCAACUUUGAGACGGUGAAAUAUUACAAUGCUGAGAAUUAUGAGGCUACCCGCUUCAAUGAUGCCAUUAAGAAGUACCAGGUCUCAGAAUGGAAAGUCAAUGCAUCACUGGCACUGUUGAACCAGACACAGAAUCUGGUGAUCGGUUUAGGGCUGCUAGCUGGAUCCCUUCUGUGUGCUUACUAUGUGACCAAGAAGAAGCUCCAUGUGGGCGAUUACGUUCUCUUUGGCACAUACAUCAUCCAGCUAUACACUCCUCUGAACUGGUUUGGCACCUAUUACAGAAUGAUCCAGUCCUCAUUUGUUGACAUGGAGAAUAUGUUUGAUCUCUUCGAUGAGGAACAGGAGGUGAAGGAUGAACCAGGUGCUGGGGAUCUUCGGUUUAUGACAGGACGUGUGGAGUUUGAAAAUGUCCAUUUUGGCUACGUAGACGGGAAGGAAGUUCUACAUGAUGUUUCAUUCACUGUAAUGCCUGGGCAGACCCUAGCAUUGGUGGGGCCCUCUGGCUCGGGAAAAAGUACUAUUAUUCGCCUACUUUUCCGCUUCUAUGAUGUCUAUGGAGGUUGCAUUCGAAUUGAUGGACAGGAUAUCUCCAAGGCAAAGCAGGUCUCAGUGCGCUCCCACAUGGGUGUGGUGCCCCAGGAUACCGUUCUCUUCAAUGACACCAUUAGGAACAACAUCCGAUAUGGUCGUAUUGAUGCUACUGAUGAAGAGGUGGUAGAGGCUGCAAUUAAUGCUAAUAUUCAUGAGCGCAUUCUCACUUUCCCUGAUGGUUAUGAUACACAGGUGGGUGAACGAGGUCUGAAGCUGAGUGGUGGGGAGAAGCAGAGAGUUGCUAUUGCCCGCACUAUCCUGAAGAACCCUCAGAUCAUUUUGUUCGAUGAGGCGACAUCAGCGUUGGACACAAAGACUGAGAGAAUUAUCCAGGCAUCCCUGGCUAAAGUGUGUGCAAACCGAACCACCAUCAUUGUGGCACACAGGCCUGCAAGAAUCAGGACACUCGGUUGAAAGCGACUCUUUACCAACAGACCCUUCGCCCUGCCACCCCUUUGAAACCUGGCAAUAGCAAAAAAUUGGAAAGAGAAGGAGGCACCUACCAUUGAUGAUUGGUUAUUAAAAGCAUUAAAUGUUAUAGAAAUGGACAAAAUAAAGAUGUCAUUGAAAGAAGAAAAGAAUAGGGAAGAUCAAAUACAGGAUCCGUUAAAUACUUACGCGGCUUGAGCAUACGCGCUCAAGCAGCGGGGUGCGCAUGGGGCGCGCGUGGGGUGGAAGGGGCGGCUCAUCCCAUUCAAUUGAAUGGGCGCACGUGUCCAUUGUGCCCCGAGCGCUGCCGCGCCACCGCACCGCCGUUCACGAGCCCCAUUGUUUAUAAUGGUGCUUGAGCAUAGGCGGAAUUCGCCUUACUCAGAGGGAUCCGGUACGGAUCCCUGUGUAAGGCGAGGGUCCACUGUACUGUGAAAAGAGAUGGCCAACAAACUGUAACAUUAGAAAUAUUGAUGGAAUUAAAUAUUGUUGGAAUCUUGUAAUAUAUGCCUACUCCUUAUAUUUAUAUUGUAAAUAUAGGUUUAUAUUGUAAAUAUGAUAUAAAAUGCUUUCCUCAUGCCUUUAAGCAGAAAAAAGUUAUAGAAUAUUUUAUAGAAUAAUAAUACAUACUCUUUUAUAUUAAGCAAAAGGUUCACAUAAAAAUGUGAGAAGAGGACAGAAAUAGAAAAUAAUAAAGAAAUGAAUGAAUAAUGUGCUAAAUUAAGGGUUAAAGAAAUGGAAGAAAUAAAGAAAUAUGAAGGGAAUUGGGUGAGGGAGAGGAAAAAGAGGAACAGAAAUUGUAAGCUUGUCAUGUGAUAAAAGGUUUUUAUUUUGUAAUUAUAAUGUAUAUAUUAAUAAAGACUAUUUUUAAAAAUAAAAUAAAAAAAGAAACCUGGGGAGACCUCAGCUACUGUGGCUUCGGGGACAAAAGAUAAUUAUCCCAAGGAUAAAAUCUUCCAAGGAGAAGUCUACUAAAGCCCACAAGUCAGAUAAAGACCAUGGUUCCAACCACAAGCCAAAAACAAAACACUCUUCGAAGCCCAGGCACUACAAAGACAAGGGCUCCCCAUCAGGAGGUGAGAAACCUUCAAAAAAGCGCUGUUCUUCCCCCCCAUUGGGUUGAAAAAUUGGGCUCUCAGGAUACUGAGAAACUCCCUAAAAAGAAGAAGGAACCCUUGGCAGCUCUCGGUGCCGAUCCUGAGCAUUCCACUAUUACAUCCGUUGUGGACGUUCAUGUAUGUUCCUUUGGGAUCAAACCCUCCUGCAGUCCAGCAAGGGUUGCGAUCUGAUACAGUUUCUCCAACCAGAUUUCUCCAAAUCGUUUCCAUUGAUUUGGCUUCAGAAUUGGAGGGUGAAAUCCGUGAUUUGAACCCUCAAUUAAUUACUCCAAACUCCAAGCAUACAGACUCGAUUUGGAUGGUUCAGGACCAUCUGUUGGCAUCUCCUCGACUUUAAUUGCCAAUAAAUACUAUGCCCAUGGUACCAAUCCUCAAUUUCCUGAGGACUCUCUCUUUGAUUAUUAUCCUGACCUUGUAUAUGAUCGUUUCAACCCUCGACAUUGAUACAGGGAACAGCGUUCAACCUACCCACCUGAUCUGUACCGUCAGUAUCAACACCAGGAGAGACAGUACCACACCUCUGAACAAACAUGCCAGACGUACCCAUCUCAGUCUUCCACUUCCUCUGGUCAAUGGCAGCCUGCUCAACCUUGGUACCAUCAGGGUUUCCAUAAAAGAGAUACCAACCAGUCUAAGAAAAGGCUGUGAAAGAUGGAUCCACACUUCGUACCCCCUUCUCUCUGUAACAGAUUUGGCAUUUGUCAGCUCUUGGGCCUCCAUAACAUCCAGCUCUUGAGUUCUCAGCAUUGUCUCUAGAGAUUAUGCCCUUGAGUUAGAAGAGCUCUUUCCAACAGGAGCUAUUAUUUCCACUCCCCCUUCAGACACUCUGAGAAAGUGUGCACCCUGUUGGAAAAGGACACCAUUGAGCUCUUAGAUUCUUCUUGAGCCCAGCGCUGAUUUUUCUCUUGAUACUUACCAGUUUCCCAUUAACAGUCUAAUAUCUGACCUUUUUU